CUUGCAGGGCAGUCACAAGAUCACCGGAAUAAUAGCAGCUGUUUCAAUUUUAUCUGAGACCUACUCAAAGAAGAUCCUUACAUUUCUUAUAAGAAAAUACUAAUUCGUGACAUCCACCUUGCAUCAAAUACAAAUUGUAUAUGAUAAUCUGAUAUACAGAGAACUAUAUACGAUAUUAGUAUUAUCUACAUUAGUAAUAAUUGCCAUUAUCUUAGAAAGAAAUCAGUUUUUAUCUGUGGACUGUGAUAAGUGAAAAGCACACAUUCGGCUCCGGAAAAAUAACAAUUAUGGUGUUCAAAUCGCUCUACGCCUUGAAUUUCAUUGAUAUAAUAUCUUUCGGAUUGCUUGCGCCAACCACCAACGUUCAUGUGCUCUCCCUGGGAGGCAAUAAAUUCCUAAUAGGAUUCCUCGCAUCUUCGCACAGUUUUCUGCAGUUGUUAACAUCUCCGAUAAUCGGCAGCUGGAGCGACAGGAAUGGUCGUAAACCGGCCGCAUUGUUGACACUAACUGUAACAUUCUUCAGCUACAUUUUGUUAGGAGUUGAUUCGCUUUACUGCUACAUCUUCUCUCGACUGCUCUUGGGUCUUUCUUGCCACACGAAGCUCUUGUUCAGGGCUUUGAUAGCUGACCAUGCGAGCGUUGAGGAACAAUCCGAGAUAUACGCAAAGGUUGGAGCGUUGGGGGCAAUAGCCUUCAUCUUGGGUCCUAUCAUCGGAGGACACAUAGCCGAAGCCGACUAUGGGUUUAAAAAGCUUGGUUUCUUGCUCUCAGGUUUAACUGCUGCUAGCUUAGUAAUAAUAUUUAGUUUGAAACCAAAGAAGGUAGCUGCUAUAAGCGAUGCGAAGAAAGGCGCAGCGUUCAAAACAAUGUUCGAGCCGAAGUGGAGGAUUCUCUUCAGCUUAAAUUUCCUCAUCUCCAUAGUUUAUAGUACAUUCUACCAAACGUUCGGUAUGAUCCUAAACGAGUCCUUCGGAGCUUCGCAUAGAGAAGUUGGCUACGUUAUAGCGUUCCAUAGCUUAGUAUUGAUCUUCGCCAAUUUAUACGCGAAGCAAAUAAAAUCCGCAUUUGCGGAUGACGUUAGACGAAUUGCAAGAUUCUCCGUUACCGGACUUUUAAUCACGUUCAUAUCUUAUUACCUGCUUCCCAGUUUCUGGGCUAUGGUGGCUGUGAUGUUACCAUUUUCUUUCUGCCGUACACUCCUAGACGUGACGUUCAAUGAUAUUCUGAUUCGAGGAGUUCAGGAUGGCGAGAAGGGUCAGGUUAUGGGAGCUUAUGAUAGCGUGGAUAUGAUGGCGGGGCUCGUGACACCACUCCUCUGCGGUUUGCUUGCAGAACAGUUCGGAUACAACUUCUGCAUUCUACUAUGUACUUUGCCUUUAAUGCUAAUCCUAGGUUUGAUCAACAAACUGGACAUGAAAUUGGACUAAAUUAUGUAAUAAAUAUGUACACUGCAAGUAGAAGGAAUA